AUGAAGACCAGACUAGGCUGCCUGUCCAAUAAGUCUGACUCCUACCCUGACUUCACUGAGUUCCUGCCCCCUGACCAGGACAGGGCCACCAGAUGCCUAAAGUAAGACAUUUUAAUCAGAUUACAUGGUGCCAGUCUCUUCCAUUGAUAUAGAAUGUAGGUAUUAUUACUCACAAUGCUAGAAAUAUGUAAUAUAUAAAGGAUUACCCGAUAGAUGGUGUAGACUCUUUUAGAGCAACCUCUAAAACUGUUAAUGUGUGUGUGUUGAAUUGCCUUGAACUGCAUGCAUGGUUGCAUACACAUUUGAAAACAUGUCACUGUAUCUCUCUGUCUUUUCUUUAAGGCUGUCAAAAGAUGAAGUCGUUCCAUGGGCAGAUUCCUUCGAUGUUCUUCUGUCGCACAAGUGUAAGUCCCUUUUUAUUUACAAGUAACAGUUGAUCCUUCUCUUUAGAGUUAGAUAUGAGAAAUUGAAGCAAAAUAUGGAGGAAACAAUAUUUUAACCUUUUAUCAACCAACCCCCCCAAAAAACUGUGUCCAUGCCAUUGUUAGGGAACUGUUAGAAGCAAACCAGGCAACUAUACAGAUUACAUUUUUUCCUCAGUCCCAUUCUAUAUCCCUUCUGUUCCCUUUGAAAACAUGAUUGCCUCUCUAUUUCCUUUCACAAGAUGAUUGUCUUUCUGUUUUCUAUCUGAGGAUGGCUCCCCACAUCAGUCCAUUUCUCUCCCCCUAAACCCUUCUUAUGUAAGAUCCCCUGUCUGUCUGGUUAUUGAUGUGUGACUCAUUGUGUGACUCCUCAACACACAAUGAGUCACACUCUUGGUUGUGACCUCCUUUGUGGAUUACACAAUAACGCACGGAGGAGAUGGCUGCAGUUUUACGGGUUCCCAACCAAUUGCACUAUUGUGUGUGUUUUUUCGCGUUAUUUUUUCUUUAACGAGUCGGACGCGAAGGAUUUACUUCAGACACCCGACAAGGCCCAAAUCCCCGUCAUUCGCAGGAGAAAGAGACUGAGAUAUCGGGGACGUAGGUCGGGGUGCCUUAUAAGGAUCCGACGGCGAGUGUGUAAUCUGCCUCUACCAUCAGUCCUAUUAGAUAACAUACAAUCAUUGGAUAACAAAAUAGACGCGCUACGAUCACGAAUAUCCUACCAACGAGACAUUAAUAUGCUUCACCGAGUCGUGGCUGAACGACGACAUGGAUAACAUACAGCUGGCGAGGUUUACGCUGCAUCGGCAAGAUAGAACAGUCGCCUCCGGUAAGACAAGGGGUGGCGGUCUGUGUAUAUUUGUAAACAACAGCUUGUGCAUGAAAUCUAAUAUUAAGGAAGUCUCGAGGUUUGCUCGCCUGAGGUAGAGUAUCUCACUAUAAGCUGUAGACCAAACUAUUUACCAAGAGAGUUUUCAUCUAUAUUUUUCGUAGCUGUCUAUUUACCACCACAAACCGAUGCUGGCACUAAGACCGCACUCAAUGAGCUGUAUAAGGCCAUGAGCAAACAGGAAAACGCUCAUCCACAGGUGGCACUCCUAGUGGCCAGGGGACUUUAAUGCAGGGAAACUUAAAUCCAUUUUACCUCAUUUCUACCAGCAUGUUAAAUGUGCAACCAGAGGAAAAAAAACUCUUGACCACCAUUUUCUCCACACACAGAGACGCGUACAAAGCUCUCCCUCGCCCUCCAUUUGGCAAAUCUGACCAUAAUUAUAUCCUCCUGAUUCCUGCUUACAAGCAAAAACUAAAGCAGGAAGCACCAGUGACUCGGUCAAUAAAGAAGUGGUGACGCAGAUGCUAAGCUAGACUGGAAUAUGUUCCGGGAUUCUUCCGAUGGCAUUGAGGAGUACACCACAUCAGUCACUGACUUAAUCAAUAAGUGCAUCGAUGACGUCCAGAAGCCAUGGAUUACAGGCAACAUCCGCACUGAGCUUAAGCGUAGAGCUGCCGCUUUCAAGGAGUGGGACUGUAACCCGGACGCUUACAAGAAAUCCCGCUAUGCCCGUCACACAGGCAAAGCGUCAAUACAGGACUAAGAUGGAAUCGUACUACACCGGCUCCGACACUCGUCGGAUGUGACAGGGCUUGCAAACUAUUACAGACUACAAAGGGAAGCACAGCCGCGAGCUGCCCAGUGACACAAGCCUACCAGAUGAGCUAAAUAACUUCUAUGCUCGAUUCGAGGCAAGCAACACUGAAGCAUGCAUGAGAGCAUCAGCUGUUCCGGACGACUGUGUGAUCAUGCUCUCCGUAGCCGAUGUGAGUAAGACCAUUUAACAGGUCAACAUUCACAAGGCCACAAGGCCAGACGGAUUACCAGGACGUGUACUCCGAGCAUGCGCUGACCAACUUGCAAGUGACUUCACUGACAUUUUCAACCUGUCCCUGACUGAGUCUAUAAUACCAACAUGUUUCAAACAGACCACCAUAGUCCCUGUGCCCAAGAACACUAAGGUAACCUGCCUAAAUGACUACAGACACCGUAGCACUCAUGUCUGUAGCCAUGAAGUGCUUUGAAAGGCUGGUCAUAGCUCACAUCAACACCAUUAUCACAGAAACCCUAGACCCACUCCAAUUUGCAUACCGCCCCAACAGAUCUACAGAUGGUGCAAUCUCUUUUGCACUCCAUACUGCCCUUUCCCACCUGGACAAAAGGAACACCUACAUUAAAAUGCUAUUCAUUGACUACAGCUCAGCGUUAAAUACCACAGUGCCCUCAAAACUCAUCACUAAGCUGAGGACCCUGGGACUCAUCACAAAGCUCAUCACAAAGCUCAGUCCCCUCCUGUACUCCCUGUUCACCCAUGACUGCAUGGCCAGGCAUGACUCCAACACCAUCAUUAAGUUUGCCGACGAAACAACAGUGGUAGGCCUGAUCACCGACAACGAUGAGACAGCCUAUAGGGAGGAGGUCAGAGACCUGGCCGUGAUGAUUGUGGACUACAGGAAAAGGAGGACCGAGCACGCCCCCAUUCUCAUCGACGGGGCUGUAGUGGAGCAGGUUGAGAGCUUCAAGUUCCUUGGUGUCCACAUCACCGACAAACUAUCAUGGUCCAAACACACCAAGACAGUCGUGAAGAGGGCACGACAAAGCCUAUUCCCCCUCAGGAGAAUGAAAAGAUUUGGCAUGGGUCCGCAGAUCCUCAAAGAUUUCUACAGCUGCAUCCUGACUUUUUGCAUCACUGCCUGGUAUGGCAACUGCUCAGCCUCCGACCGCAAGGCACUACAGAGGGUAGUACGUACGACCCAAUACAUCACUGGGGCAAAGCUUCCUGCCAUCCAAGACCUCUAUACCAGGCAGUGUCAGAGGAAGGCCCUAAAAAUGGUCAAAGACUCCAGCCACCCUAGUCAUAGACUGUUCUCUCUGCUACCGCAUGGCAAGCGGUACCGGAGCACCAAGUCUAGGUCCAAAAGGCUUCUUAACAGCUUCUAUCCCCUAGCCAUAAGACGCCUGAACAGCUAAUCAAAUGGCUACCCAUGUAUUUUCAUCAUAGGUACACGUGAACUAUGACAGACAAAAUGAGAAAAAAAUUACCAGAAAAUCACAUUGUAGGAUUUUUUAUGAAUUUAUUUGCAAAUUAUGGUGGAAAAUAAGUAUUUGGUCAAUAACAAAAGUUUCUCAAUACUUUGCUAUAUACCCUUUGUUGGCAAUGACACAGGUCAAACGUUUUCUGUAAGUCUUCACAAGGUUUUCACACACUGUUGCUGGUAUUUUGGCCCAUUCCUCCAUGCAGAUCUCCUCUAGAGCAGUGAUGUUUUGGGGCUGUCGCUGGGCAACACGGACUUUCAACUCCCUCCAAAAAUUUUCUAUGGGUUUGAGAUCUGGAGACUGGCUAGGCCACUCCAGGACCUUGAAAUGCUUCUUACGAAGCCACUCCUUCGUUGCCCGGGCGGUGUGUUUGGGAUCAUUGUCAUGCUGAAAGACCCAGCCACGUUUCAUCUUCAAUGCCCUUGCUGAUGGAAGGAGGUUUUCACUCAAAAUCUCACGAUACAUGGCCCCAUUCAUUCUUUCCUUUACACGGAUCAGUCGUCCUGGUCCCUUUGCAGAAAAACAGCCCCAAAGCAUGAUGUUUCCACCCCCAUGCUUCACAGUAUGUAUGGUGUUCUUUGGAUGCAAAUCAGCAUUCUUUGUCCUCCAAACACGACGAGUUUUUACCAAAAGGUUAUAUUUUGGUUUCAUCUGACCAUAUGACAUUCUCCCAAUCCUCUUCUGGAUCAUCCAAAUGCACUCUAGCAAACUUCAGAUGGGCCUGGACAUGUACUGGCUUAAGCAGGGAGACACGUCUGGCACUGCAAGAUUUGAGUCCCUGGCAGCGUAGUGUGUUACUGAUGGUAGGCUUUGUUACUUUGGUCCCAGCUCUCUGCAGGUCAUUCACUAGGCCCCCCCGUGUGGUUCUGGGAUUUUUGCUCACCGUUCUUGUGAUCAUUUUGACCCCACGGGCUGAGAUCUUGCGUGGAGCCCCAGAUCGAGGGAGAUUAUCAGUGGUCUUGUAUGUCUUCCAUUUCCUAAUAAUUGCUCCCACAGUUGAUUUCUUCAAACCAAGCUGCUUACCUAUUGCAGAUUCAGUCUUCCCAGCCUGGUGCAGGUCUACAAUUUUGUUUUUGGUGUCCUUUGACAGCUCUUUGGUCUUGGCCAUAGUGGAGUUUGGAGUGUGACUGUUUGAGGUUGUGGACAGGUGUCUUUUAUACUGAUAACAAGUUAAAACAGGUGCCAUUAAUACAGGUAACGAGUGGAGGACAGAGGAGCCUCUUAAAGAAGAAGUUACAGGUCUGUGAGAGCCAGAAAUCUUGCUUGUUUGUAGGUGACCAAAUACUUAUUUUCCACCAUAAUUUGCAAAUAAAUUCAUUAAAUAUCCUACAAUGUGAUUUUCUGGAUUUUUUUUCCUCAAUUUGUCUGUCAUAGUUGACGUGUACCUAUGAUGAAAAUUACAGGCCUCUCUCAUCUUUUUAAAUGGGAGAACUUGCACAAUUGGUGGCUGACUAAAUACUUUUUUCCCCCACUGUACGUCAUUUAGCAGACGCUCUUAUCCAGAGCGACUUACAAAUUGGUGCAUUCACCUUAUAGCCAGUGGGAUAACCACUUUACAAUAUGUUUUUUUUUUUUUUUUUGGGGGGGAGGGGGGUAGGGGGUAGAAGGAUUACUUAAUACUUUUCCAGGUAUUCCUUAAAGAGGUGGGGUUUCAAGUGACUCCGCUGUCCUGGCAUCGUGAGGGAGCUUGUUCCACCAUUGGGGUGCCAGAGCAGCGAACAAUUUUGACUAGGCUGAGCGGGAACUGUGCUUCCGCAGAGGUAGGGGGGCCAGCAGGCCAGAGGUGGAUGAACGCAAUGCCCUCGUUUGGGUGUAGGGACUGAUCAGAGCCUGAAGGUACGGAGGUGCCGUUCCCCUCACAGCUCCAAAGGCAAGCACCAUGGUCUUGUAGCAGAUGCAAACUUUAACUGGAAGCCAGUGGAGUGUGCGGAGGAGCGGGGUGAUGUGAGAGAACUUCAGAAGGUUGAACACCAGACGGGCUGCGGCAUUCUGGAUGAGUUGUAGGGGUUUAAUGGCACAGGCAGGGAGCCCAGCCAACAGCGAGUUGCAGUAAUCCAGACGGGAGAUGACAAGUGCCUGGAUUAGUACCUGUGCCGCUUCCUGUGUAAGGCAGGGUCGUACUCUCAGAAUGUUGUAGAGCAUGAACCUACAGGAUCGGGUCACCGCCUUGAUGUUAGCGGAGAACAACAGGGUGUUGUCCAGGGUCACGCCAAGGCUCUUUGCACUCUGGGAGGAGGACACAACAGAGUUGUCAACCGUGAUGGCGAGAUCAUGGAACGGGCAUUCCUUCCCCAGGAGGAAGAGCAGCUCCGUCUUGCCGAGGUUCAGCUUGAGGUGGUGAUCCGUCAUCCACACUGAUAUGUCUGCCAGACAUGCAGAGAUGCGAUUCGCCACCUGGUUAUCAGAAAGGGGAAAGGAGAAGAUUAGUUGUGUGUCAUCUGCGUAGCAGUCAAUGUACUGGUACAUUGACUCUGUACCAGUACCCCCGUAUAUAGUCUCCUGAGUGGCGCAGUGGUCUAAGGCACUGCAUCGCAGUGCUAACUGUGCCACUAGAGAUCCUGGUUCUACCGCGACCGGGGAGACUCAUGGGCGGCGCACAAUUGGCCCAGCGUCGUCCAGGGUAGGGGAGGGAAUGGCCGGCAGGGAUGUAGCUCAGUUGAUAGAGCAUGGCGUUUGCAACGCCAGGGUUGUGGGUUCGAUUCCCACGGGGGGCCAGUAUAAAAAAAAAAAAAAGUAUUCAUUAACUGUAAGUUGCUCUGGAUAAGAGCGUCUGCUAAAUGACGUAAAUGUAAAAUAUAGCCUCGCUACUGUUAUUUUACUGCUGCACUUUUUUUCUUGACCUUUUUUUUUUUUACUUAUCAAUUUUUUACUUAACACUUAUUUUUCUUAAAACCGCAUUGUUGGUUAAGGGCUUGUAAGUAAGCAUUUCACUGUAAGGUCUCCACCGGAGCAUGUGACAAAUAACAUUUUAUUUGAUGUGCAAAUACACACAUGCAAACACACACACACUCACAAGCACACACAUAUGGUUCACGUGCAGGCACACACACACGUGACAGGUUAAGUGUGUUCAUAAUCACAGGCUGUCUGAGGUAUCCAUCUGGAGGGUCUGUCAGUGUUCUCUCUCUCUCUCUCACUCACACAUACACUCUCACUAGAGAACCUGACAAAAAGGACAGAAAAGGCUGUGAAAGCUUUAGGCUCUCCACAGGGAGUGGAAAAUUAGACUGCACAGUAGGAAGACAGACGACCGACCUUGACUUUAGUUCUAGUUAUUUUUUAUUUUUUAUUUUGCAGUGUGUCAAUGAACAACAACUUGCUGUGUUUUAAUAUUACUAGUUGUUCCUGGUUUUCUCUCUCUUUUUUGUACUGCCUUCACUGUUUCUGGCUUUCAUAAUUGCCUCAGGCUCUGUUCCUUUAGUGUUCCUGAAAUGCAACCUAAAAGUCUUAAACGUUCUGUUGACUUUUUGUGUUGUUUUCUUGUCAGGAUACCUAAUAGUUUAAUAAAGUCAUUAUAUAAUAUGUUGUCCAAACUAGAGAUACACGCACAACUCAAGUCAUACGGUAGUGUUAUCUUAAUGGGCAUUUGUAAUGUCAUGCGUGCAUGUUUCAAAUUAGCAUUUGUCUCUAUUGAGUUAAUCAAGCAUAGUAUACAGUAUACUGUAGACCCUACUACUAACUCUUUAACAGGUGGUGCAGUUGUAUAACAUAGACAAAUUGGUGUAAACUUCAAUCAUGGUUUGGCGUCACAUCCACACGUAACCUCUUAUGAACCUAGCUGCUUGAAAGUCUAGGGUCUCAGUCUGCUUGUUCCUGGAAAUGACUAAUAUUAUCCUCAGACAGAAGGGGACAAAGGCAAACACGUCUGUAACCGGUUUUGGCAAACACAAAUGAGUAAAGAGACCUUGAAGCUGAACUAAAUCCAUGUCUACGUUUUUCAAUAUUAACUUAGAAUCUUUACAUGUACGUCAGCUCUCUCUGUGUAGUGUGUUUCUGCAUUCUGUAAGGAAAAUCGAAUGAGAGUGAGAAAUUAACACUGACCUGCAGUACAUUCACUACCAAAUCAUAGCAUAUUCCUAAAGAGACUAAUUAAUAGCCUAUUCCUAAAGAGGCUAAUUAAAACCUCUACAAAUCUAAGCUAAGAUAUGUAAUUGUUUUAAGAUGGUGAUACGAUGGAUAAUUGAGCUAUUUGAUUUAGAAUUUUAGCAUGCCUUUAGGUAAAAGAAAGUUACAAUUAAACAUUAUUUGAUAGAAUAUUGAAUUUGGCCUUUACUACUAUAGCCCAUAGAAACGCAUUGAAAAACACAUUCAUAAAUGGCAAAAAGGACAGUCAUAAGGAAUACGGUCAUAAGUAAUAAGGUUUUGAAGUGUCUGUCCUAUAUCUAGGAGAUAUAAGAAAGUUCAGGAUUAUUAUUUUUGGGGGACACAUAUUUAAGAAUAAAGCAGGGCGAGAAAAUCUUCCUCCAAGCAAAGUUCAAUGACUUAGAGGUCUGCUUUUUAUUUUGAACACUGUCUGUUGACAAGGCUGCAUGCAGUCACAGUGUCCCUGGUGAUUUUCAUAUAACCAGUGUGUAGUGAGAGUGUGUGAGUAAUGUUGGUGAUAGGGCUGGACUCCUCUACUGCUGCUGCUGGGCAAAUGUUAAGCCAAAUAAAGAGGGAGGGAGGGAGGGAGGGAGGGAGGGAGAGGGAGAGGGGAGGAGGGAGAGAAAGUAUGGAGAAAACAUGUUCACAUGACACGGCCGAUUGCAAAACAUGACCUCCUUCUGUGUUAUCAUUGAUGUCAGACAAAUUGAUCACUUAUCUUUGAUUGAUGAAGACAGACAGCUCAUUGAAGGUUUGUGGGCCAUAUGUUUAUGUUCUAAUCACAAAGCUGUUUCCUGUGCUGAGAACAAGAGCACGCUCUGCAUCUCAGACAUUAUCAUUGCAUGAUAAACAACCCUGUUAGUAUCAUGUGAACUACAGCUGCUCUCUGUAGAAAAAAAGCACAUAAGUUCCAAAGAAACUGGCCCAUGUUCAGAAAUAGGUACUGGGAUACAAUACAGAUCUUUGUAAUGACACACACACACACUCUCUCUCUCUCUCUCUCUCUCUCUCUCUCUCUCUCUCUCUCUCUCUCUCUCUCUCUCUCUCUCUCUCUCUCUCUCUCUCUCUCUCUCUCUCUCUCUCUCUCUCUCUCUCUCUCACACACACACACACUUGCUGUCCGUUAGCUCUUCUAACUGGCUGAUGGAUGUUUUGUGUCUUAGAUGGCCUGGCUGCCUUCCGGGCUUUUCUCAAGACGGAGUUCAGCGACGAGAACAUUGAGUUCUGGAUGGCCUGCGAGGAAUAUAAAAAAAUCAAGACUCCUGCUAAAUUGAUGAACAAAGCUAACAAGAUCUACAAUGAGUUUAUCGAUGUGAAGGCUCCCAGAGAGGUUUGUGUUCGAUCAACUGACUAAUGAUGCAAAAUAUUCACUUUGUCUCUUUUAAGGCCAGACACCACACCCUAAUAGGGUCAUAUCACAAUCAACUUUUGCGAGUUGAAUGCGGACACAAAUAUAAUACUUUUUUUAUUAAAUAUUUUCUGAAAUAUUGUAUUGAAAUAUGCAAAUUAUGUGUUCUAAUUAAAUAUUUGCAUAUAACACAAAUAAAUGUUUCUGGACACUGAAUGAAGACAGACUAAAUAAUUUUGUUUCAUUUUGUUAAGACACUCCAUGACUGGACUUACGCAUAGACGAUUGUGGAUAAAUUUUUCUAUCUGUAAAAUAUUAAGGAAAGGUACGUAAAAUGCCUUUUUGGCGCAUUUUUCAGAAGAAAAUGUAAUCUAGUAAAUAAAUCUUCAAAGUAAGUUACUACAUAUAGGCCAGUUUGUAACAUUCUCUAUGAAAUGGGCUUUUAAAUUAUGUGUGAUUAAAUGAGCUUUGAAAUUAUUUGUAAAAGUGGUUACAAUUCAUGACUUUUUGAUGAGUAAGAUAAACUAAUGAAAAUAUUAAUAUUAAUGGACCAAAAUACCAAAACAUUUCUAAAUUGAUAAGCACUGUACAGUGGGGAAAAAAAGUAUUUAGUCAGCCACCAAUUGUGCAAGUUCUCCCACUUAAAAAGAUGAGAGAGGCCUGUAAUUUUCAUCAUAGGUACACGUCAACUAUGACAGACAAAUUAAGAAAAAUCCAGAAAAUCACACUGUAGGAUUUUUAAUGAAUUUAUUUGCAGAUUAUGGUGGAAAAUAAGUAUUUGGUCACCUACAAACAAGCAAGAUUUCUGGCUCUCACAGACCUGUAACUUCUUCUUUAAGAGGCUCCUCUGUCCUCCACUCGUUACCUGUAUUAAUAGCACCUGUUUGAACUUGUUAUCAGUAUAAAAGACACCUGUCCACAACCUCAAACAGUCACACUCCAAACUCCACUAUGGCCAAGACCAAAGAGCUGUCAAAGGACACCAGAAACAAAAUUGUAGACCUGCACCAGGCUGGGAAGACUGAAUCUGCAAUAGGUGAGCAGCUUGGUUUGAAGAAAUCAACUGUGGGAGCAAUUAUUAGGAAAUGGAAGACAUAAAAGUCCACUGAUAAUCUCCCUCGAUCUGGGGCUCCACGCAAGAUCUCACCCGUGGGGUCAAAAUGAUCACAAGAACGGUGAGCAAAAAUCCCAGAACCACACAGGGGGACCUAGUGAAUGACCUGCAGAGAGCUGGGACCAAAGUAACAAAGCCUACCAUCAGUAACACACUACGCCGCCAGGGACUCAAAUCCUGCAGUUCCAGACGUGUCCCCCUGCUUAAGCCAGUACAUGUCCAGGCCCGUCUGAAGUUUGCUAGAGUGCAUUUGGAUGAUCCAGAAGAGGAUUGGGAGAAUGUCAUAUGGUCAGAUGAAACCAAAAUAUAACUUUUUGGUAAAAACUCAACUCGUCGUGUUUGGAGGACAAAGAAUGCUGAGUUGCAUCCAAAGAACACCAUACCUACUGUGAAGCAUGGGGGUGUAAACAUCAUGCUUUGGGGCUGUUUUUCUGCAAAGGGACCAGGACGACUGAUCCGUGUAAAGGAAAGAAUGAAUGGGGCCAUGUAUCGUGAGAUUUUGAGUGAAAACCUCCUUCCAUCAGCAAGGGCAUUGAAGAUGAAACGUGGCUGGGUCUUUCAGCAUGACAAUGAUCCCAAACACACCGCCCGGGCAACGAAGGAGUGGCUUCGUAAGAAGCAUUUCAAGGUCCUGGAGUGGCCUAGCCAGUCUCCAGAUCUCAACCCCAUAGAAAAUCUUUGAGGGAGUUGAAAGUCCGUGUUGCCCAGCGACAGCCCCAAAACAUCACUGCUCUAGAGGAGAUCUGCAUGGAGGAAUGGGCCAAAAUAGUCUGUGAAAACCUUGUGAAGACUUACAGAAAACGUUUGACCUGUGUCAUUGCCAACAAAGGGUAUAUAACAAAGUAUUGAGAAACUUUUGUUAUUGACCAAAUACUUAUUUUCCACCAUAAUUUGCAAAUAAAAUCAUAAAAAAUCCUACAAUGUGAUUUUCUGGAUUUUUUUUUCUCAUUUUGUCCGUCAUAGUUGACGUGUACCUAUGAUGAAAAUUAAAGGCCUCUCUCAUCUUUUUAAGUGGGAGAACUUGCACAAUUGGUGGCUGACUAAAUACUUUUUUUCCCCACUGUAUAUGUAAAAAUGUCAUUUCAGUCUGUGGUGCCUGGCCUUCAAUGCAAACGGCUAUAGGUUUGUUUUUUAUCUGGGGUUACUACGUGUCAGAUUCAAUUUUUAUAUCCACAACCUCCCAAUAUUACUGAUAGGUACACAUGCCUACUGUAUGCAUACUUUUAUUAUAUGGAUUAAUACUAAUGUUGAUGCUGUCCACAAACAAGUGUUUCAUAGGAAAUUCACACUAAGAAGAUUUGGAUAUCUAACAUUUAUUUUCCCUUCCUUGGUCCCUGUAGGUAAACAUAGACUUCCGUACGCGGGAGGUGAUGAAGCAGAGCCUUACGGAGCCCACCCCCUCCAGUCUGAAUGAGGUACAGGCCAGGGUCCACAGCCUCAUGGAGAAAGACUCUUACCCACGCUUUCUCCACUCCAAGAUCUACCAGGACUUACUCAACACGCAGUACACACACUGCCAACGGAACUCUGUCUGAAGAUCACAGACAUGCGCCGUCGCAGAUACACAUACGCACACAAACACGCACAUGCACAUGCACACACACACACACAAAGAGUUGUGUUUGUCUUCAGUAGCUAGAACCCAAUGAACCAUUAUUCCUCAAGUUCUAACUUGAAAUCUCUAUGCGCAUCUCAAUAACUCAAGUCUCCCAUUGAUAUAUUGAAUCAUGUGAAAGUUUUUGGGUUAUCCGUACAAUUAUCAAAUUAGGAUUCUCCUCUCACAGAGCGAUUCUUAGUAUUUAGACAUAUUGUAUCAUCCUUCUUAGAACUGUGUCAAUAUAGUUUACACUUAGAAAACUAAAUACCACAAGACUUUGUACUGUGUAUCCUUUUAUUACUCUUAUUAGAAAAUGUGUUGUUGUUGAUUAUAUGUUUUUCUCCUAUCACUAUAGUUCAUUUUGGUGUCGAUACACUACCGUUCAAAAGUUUGGCGUCACUUAGAA